CUGAUUCCCAGCUGGAAUGAAUUUAAAAAGAAACGCUAAACCAUUCCCAGAUGGAAACUCAGACACAUCUACUUCUUUCUUGUUGUAUUUUAUUUACGUGUGUGGGGAUUUAAACUCGGGGUCACUGCCCAAGGCCACUGGAUUGUCUGUCUCUGCAGGACUAAACCAACCUCAUUCACCUGCAUAUAGUGGUAAUAUUAUGAACACUUAUUAUUAUUUCUUGUUAUUUUUAUUGGGAAUCUCUUGGCAUGGUGAUGGCCUGGUUUCAAGCGUUUUGGCCUCCCACUUAGUCCCGCUCUCACCACCAUCACCACACAAUCAUAUGGACAUAGAGAUGAACAACACUGAAGGUCCACAAGAUAUUAAUAAAGCAUUCCAAUUAUUUGAUGCUAACUUUUUCAGCAAUACGAAGAAGCAAGAGAUUGUGAAGGGUACAAAAGAGUUCAAUAUCCCAAUAAUCAGAGCUAAUAGGGAACUAGUUGCUUCCACUAAUGGAGGUUUGCAUUACCCAUCAGUUUUGGUCUUCAAUCCAGAGUGGGGCAUUAAUACUAAUGGACAAGAACAAGGAGGCAAAAGAUUCAAAUAUCCUUAUUGUCUAAGCGGUGACAUAAAAAGGCCACAAAAUGAAGAAGAUAUUGCUUUCAUGGAUAUUCUUGAACUUGGAGAACUUAUUAGGACAAAGCAAAUUACAUCCACAGAGCUUACUCAAAUCUUUCUGAGAAGAUUAAAAAGGUACAAUCAUGUUCUUGAGGCUGUGGUAACUUACACUGAAGAAUUAGCGUACAAGCAAGCAAAAGAGGCUGAUGAUUUGCUAGAACAAGGAGUGUAUUUGGGUCCUCUCCAUGGGAUUCCUUAUGGAUUGAAGGAUAUAAUUUCAGUACCCCAAUACAAAACAACAUGGGGUGCAAAAACUUUUAAGGAUCAAGUUAUUGACAUUGAAGCUUGGGUUUACAAGAGGUUGAAAUCUGCAGGUGCGGUUCUUGUUGCCAAGCUUGUUACUGGAUCUCUAGCCUAUGAUGAUAUCUGGUUUGGUGGUAGGACUAGAAAUCCAUGGAACAUUGAGGAAUAUUCCACAGGUUCAUCAGCUGGACCUGCUGCAUCCACUUCAGCAGGAUGCUUUUGUUAUGUGACAGGUAUGGUUCCAUUUGCAAUUGGAUCAGAAACAUCUGGUUCCAUAACCUACCCUGCAGCUCGUUGUGGCGUCACGGCCUUGCGUCCAACUUUUGGCACGGUUGGUAGAACUGGUGUGAUGAGCAUAUCAGAAAGCUUGGAUAAGCUUGGCCCAUUUUGUAGAAGUGCAAUAGAUUGUGCAAUUAUUUUGGACACAAUUAGAGGAAAGGAUCCAGAUGAUAUUUCAUCAAGAGACAUUCCCUUUGAUGAUCCAUUCUUAGUGGACAUAAAAAAUCUGACUGUUGGAUAUCUUGAUGAUGCUGCUAUGGAGGUUGUCAAUGUUCUUGUAUCAAAGGGUGUUAAUGUUGUUCCAUUCAAACUAAACUAUACAGUUGAUUCUGUUCAAGGAAUUCUCAAUUUCACAAUGGAUGUGGACAUGUUGGCGCAUUUUGAUAAGUGGCAGCGUUUAGGUGAGGAUGAUGAAUAUGAAGCUCAAGAGCAAUGGCCAACCGAACUUGCCCGUGCACGCUUAAUUCCGGCUGUGGACUAUGUGCAGGCACAAAGAGCAAGAGGAAAGUUAAUUGGAGAAGUAAGAGAAAGAUUGAGCGGUGUGGAUGCAGUGAUUGGAAAUGCAACAGAUUGGGAAAAAGUUUGUUUGGGAAAUCUUGUGGGUAUGCCUGUAAUUGUCAUUCCCACAGGAUUUACUGAUGUAUCCAAUGUUCCACCUUCCACCAAUAGUACUAGACGAAGAACCACCGUUACCACUGGCAUUUAUGCUCCUCCUCAGCGAGAUCACAUUGCUUUGGCACUGGCAAUUGCUUAUCAGUCAGUCACUGAUCACCAUAAGCAGCGCCCACCUAUUGAUGAUAAUUGAUCAAUGACCAUGUUUAGUAAUCACUCAUAUCAAUAAAGGCAAAUAUAAAAUUUAAAAAAUUACGAUAAUAAUCAUAAAAGUGAAAUACUUAGUACAUGAAAUAUUGAGACCAGUAUAUGUAACUCCAUUUUUGUUAA